AUGGCUUCUCUCGCAGCUGCACUGUCCCAGUCCCUCCCCAAGCCGAAUUACACGGGCGAGGAAGAGGAGCUGCCUUCGCGCGCCAGCAAGAAUGGCCCAAGGAUCGUUGGCCCCGGCCACUUCGACGAGUCCCAGAUUGUCCUGAAGCGGGCCGGCGGGCCACCGCCUUACGGACAGCGCUCUGGAUGGCGACCACGCAACCCCGAGGACUUUGGCGAUGGCGGCGCGUUCCCCGAGAUCCACAUCGCCCAGUACCCGCUCGAUCUAGGCCGCAAGGGCGGCUCGAACAAGUCCAACGCGCUCGCUCUGACCGUCGAUGGCGAUGGGAAGGUCAAAUAUGAUGCUAUUGCGAGGCAGGGCCAUGCCGAGGGCAGAGUCGUGCAGGCGAGCUUCAAGGACUUGAUACCGCUGCGGCAGCGUGCCGAUGCCGGCGAGAUCAACCUGGAGCGGCCGAGCGAAGAGGAGGUCGCCGCCACGGCUGAGAGGACCAAGGCCGCGCUGGAGAAGCUGGUCAGCGGCGCAGUGGCGUCUCAGAAGCCCAAGAAUGUCAACACUGGAGGCUCGCGAGACCCCACGUUUGUGAGGUACACGCCGGCGAACCAGAUGGGGGACAGCUCCAAGAAGCAGGAUCGGAUUAUGAAGAUUGUCGAGAGGCAGCGUGACCCCAUGGAGCCGCCCAAGUUCAAGGUCAAGAAGAUCCCACGUGGCCCACCCUCGCCUCCGCCUCCAGUGCUGAGGUCGCCGCCAAGGAAAUUGACGGCGCAAGACCAGGAGGACUGGAGGAUCCCGCCGCCCGUGUCGAACUGGAAGAACCCCAAGGGUUUCACCGUCCCCUUGGACAAGCGUCUGGCUGCGGACGGACGGGGUCUACAAGACGUACAGAUCAACGACAAGUUUGCACAGUUUUCAGAGGCGCUAUUCAUGGCAGACAGGCAUGCCCGCGAGGAGGUCAAGCAGCGAGCUCUCAUGCAGCAGCGCCUGGCGGAGAAGGAGAAGCAACAGAAGGAAGAUCAUCUGCGCGCACUCGCCCAGCAGGCCAGGGAGGAGAAGGCCGGGCACAGCAGGCGGAGGUCAAGAUCAGGCAGCUACGACAGCCGCUCAGAUUCCGGGUCAUCCUACGACAGCGACGAGUCGGCAGUACGUGAGCGUGAAGAAGCACGAAAAGAAAGGCGCCGCGAGGAGGAGCGCAAGCUCCGGCAAUCCCGCAUGGGCGCGGAGAGGCGCGUCCAAGUCAUGGCUCGCGAGCAGAAUCGUGACAUCUCCGAGAAGAUUGCGCUGGGGCUGGCAAAACCUACGCAGAGCAAGGAGGGGAUGUACGAUUCACGGCUUUUCAACCAGUCAAGUGGCUUUGACAGUGGCAUCAACGAGGACAACCCGUACGACAAGCCUCUGUUCGCUGCACAGGACGCUAUCAGCAGCAUCUACCGCCCUGGGGUGACCAUGGACGAUGAUGACGAGACGGCCGGGGACAGAGAGAUGGACAAGAUCCAGAAGUCGAGCCGGUUCGGCGAGGUAUUGGGCAAGGGCAAGUUCAAGGGCACGGAGGACGCAGGAGAGCGCGAAGGGCCAGUGCAAUUCGAGAAGGAGACGGCCGACCCGUUCAACGUUGACAAAUUCCUGUCCGAGGUGGAGCAGUCGUCGGGCAAACGGGGCUACGGCUUGCAGGAGACUGACGACCGGAAAUCAAAGCGGCCCAGGGUGGAGGAUGACGACGACGACUAG